GAUUUUUAAACAUUACUAAUUCAAACCAUUACUCAUAACCAUUACUCAUAAAGUUUGCUCAGUUUAGUUUGACGAUGGCUCAUUGCUCGGGAACACUCGCUGUCAGCAUCGACUGGGUUAAAGUUCUUACAGACUUGUUUUGUCCAGAAUUAAGAAAACCGAAGAUAAACAGAUUCCGUUUCCAAAGCCAGAAGGUGGUCUCGGCUAACUGCCUGAUAAUUGGAGGACCUGGUUCAGGGAAAACCUCUCUCUCAUACUCUUACGAAACAGGAACGUUCCUCAACCAGAACCAGCCCUCCGAGCUGAUAGUACAGAGAACGAUAGAGAAGCGAGGUAAAACUUUGCAUCUUCGGCUCAUCGACACUGGGCCCGUGUACAGUAUCCUGGAACUCGGUCCUAAACUCAUGUCAGCCAUAGACGUUAUAAUUUUCUGUUUCGACGUUUCAGAUAGAGGCUCCAUGGAAACCGCGUUGAACCUUUUGAGCUAUAUUGAGCUCCACUCUACAGACUGCAUGUGCUGCGAAUCAUAUUGUGCAACUAAAAACAAAGUUCCUAAACUGGUUGUGGUCGGAAACAAGGCGGAUCUCAGAACAAAUCAGGAGAAAUUAUUCGAAAUGUUCGACUCGAAGAAGACUCUGGUCUCACGGAUGGAAGGCCAGUCGUUUUCAGAGGGACUGCGAGCGGAUCUUUAUCACGAGGUGUCCGCGUUAUACCAUGACGGGGUGGACGAACUAUUCGACGAGAUUCACAACCUGUUUUUUCCGACGAUCUUGGAAAGAUUUCACGAUCUUUCCAAGAAGAUCAGCAUGCCCCUUAUUGUGUUGUGAGACAAUGACUUGUCUGCAGUUCAGACUAAACUUCAGAAUCUUCAUUGAUCGAACUUCAACGUACCAGUUGCUACUCGGCCGAGUACGCCGCAGACCUUUGAUCUCACAGACUUACUUCGGCAUAGAAUUCCAAAAGACUCAGCUGGACAUAACAAGUUUGAGUAUUACAGACUCUUAUAGUUAUACAACCGGCGGUUACCAGCAGUAUUUUGCAGAGUUUCCAGCUAUUACCAGUAGCAUUUAGGUAAUAAUCCGGGUUUUAAUAUUUGAAUUUUAAAGUUGUAUUUUGUAUUUGAUUUUGACUGCCGUUAAAUGAAGAACGAACCACGCACCAGGAAAAGUAAACAGUGCACAAUUCAUUUCUUCAUUUUGGGGCAGUCCGUUGACUAAACUAGUACUAGUUUUCACAACUUGUAACUUGUAAUUGUAAAUAUAUGCUUGCAAAUUGGAAUGAAUUCACAUUUUUUUGAA